CCAGGGCUGGCUGGCUCAGCCCUGCUCAAGGCUGGGAGGGGAUUUCCUCAGGCUCCCUCCCCCAGUGCAGACUGCUGGGAACCUGUCCGGCAAAUUUAGUUCUGGGAGGGGCCAAGGAGCGCCCGUCUAGGCGGGAACGGCAGGGUAGUAGAGGCAGCCCCCUGGCCCAGAACGCCUGGAAGGAGGAGAGCAGCCAGCCAGUCCUGUCUGGGACGCCUUUGGCCUCCAGAGGGAAGGAGAUUUAAACUCUAACCUACUGUAAUGCGGAAACUUGCCUGAUGAAAUACAUUUGAAAACACAAUGAAUUUGACUUGAUUUCCAGUCAUCCAUCUAUCCACACACCCACCUUUCCAUUCAUAACCAAUCAUAACUAACAAUUAUAGACUGUUUACUACGUGCCAGAUACUAUUCUGAGUGCUUUACAUGAGUUUUCUCAAAAAUCUUCUCAACAAUGUUCAGGUGGAGGUAGGACCAAGGACGAUGGCUGCUGCUCAUGAUUUGGAGAUGGAGGAUGUGAAUAUGAAUAUGGGUAGAGACAUAGAAGAAGAGCUGGAGGAAGAGAAGGAAAUGAAAGAGGAUGGAAAAGGUAAAGAUCCCUUCAAGAAUAAAAAGGUCCACAGGAUUGUCUCAAAGUGGAUGCUUCCCGAAAAUGUCCGAAGAACAUACUUGGAGAGAGCUAACUGCCUCCCACCUCCAGUGUUCAUCAUCUCCAUUAGCAUUGCUGAGCUGGCAGUGUUUAUUUACUAUGCUGUGUGGAAGCCUCAGAAACAGUGGAUCACCUUGGACACAGGCAUCUUGGAAAGUCCAUUUAUCUACAAUCCUACGAAGAGGGAGGAAGCCUGGAGAUUUAUCUCAUACAUGCUGGUACAUGCUGGACUAUUCUUUGAUGAAUUACGUUACCUCUCCUAUAUCUGUGAAGAUGGCUUGGACAGAGAGUUGUGGCUGGGUGCGCACAUGGCCAUAAGGGUUUUUGUGAACAUCGGAUCCCUUGCCAGCUCCAUCUUUGACCCACUCAAAUAUCUUGUGGGUGCUUCAGGAGGAGUCUAUGCUCUGAUGGGAGGCUAUUUUAUGAAUGUCCUAGUGAAUUUUCGAGAAAUGAUUCCUGCCUUUGGAAUUGUCAGACUACUGAUCAUCAUCCUUAUAAUUGUGUCGGACGUGGGAUUUGCUCUCUACAGAAGGUUCUUUGUCCCUGCAAACGGGUCACCGGUGUCUUUUGCAGCUCACAUUGCAGGUGGAUUUGCUGGAAUGUCCAUAGGUUACACUGUGUUUAGCUGCUUCGAUAAGGCACUGCUGAGAGAUCCACGGUUUUGGGCAGCAAUUGCAGCUUAUUUAGCUUGUGUCUUAUUUGCCGUGCUUUUCAACAUUUUCCUAUCCCCAGCGAACUGACCUGCCCCUAAUAGAAACCAAUGAAUAAAAAGAGCCAUCUGGGGAAAAAACUGGAGAACUCUACGAAGAAACAGAGCUGUCCCAGCAAAUGCUAUAAAAAGGGCAAAACACCACUGAAGUCAUCAGUUGCAAAAGUUGCUAACAAAAGGACUUAGUGUUUAAGGAAGCCGCUUCCAAAUGCAAGGGGAGGGAAGAGAGAAAAGGGAACAACAAUAAAAAACAGAGAGUGGGUCUUUCCCAGGCAUAUGGUGUGCAUACAUGUAUACUCUAAAAAAGACUAGCUCUCCUUGGGUAAUAUAUUGUAGAAAUUGCUUGAUAGAAUCUAUGAAUACUGUACUAUGCUGACAAUAAAAACAUUUCAUACCUGU